AAGCUGUUAGGGUCGAAAUCUGCCGAUAGAGGAUCUGUGCGCAGCCUGAGGAGAAAUUUAACUGAUUAAUAAAGCAGACGGACAGUGAUUCCGCUGAGUGUGUGUGUGUGCUUGUCACCGAUUUCGUCUUUCUCAAGAGGGAUUUUCGACUGCACGGUUCACUGUAGACUAUAUAGGCUACCACCUGAAGAUGGAGUUUGGGGAAAGGAAGAGGAGCAGGAAGUCACAGAGCUUUAAACUGGUCACGGAUGAAGAUGUUGACCCUUCAUACAUGAUGAAUAGUAGCUGCAAAGAUUCCAAUGGAGGGCCUAAGGAUGCUGCUGUGCCUGAUGUUUGGCUGGGGGACGAGGGCAUGGAGAUCAAGAGGCAAAUUACAGGAAUGAUGAGGCUUCUGAGUGAUAAGACUGGAAGGGUGUAUCAGCGUGUAGGAGCUGAGAGGGAUAACCUUACAAAAGAGCCACAGGACGUGCAUCAGACCUGGGUACAACAGCCUACACCUUUGCUGCAUUCUUCAAAUGAUCACCAGAGCAACAGCUGGAACUCCACAGAGGACCAUGGGUCUUCACCUUCACCCUUAGCCCCUGUCAGCAACGGCCUCGACUGUGGUCAGUACAGCACCCGCUCUAAAGCCUUGAGGAUCCUUAACAGCACCAAGGAUCUGAUCAAAGUGAAUGAAGCUAACGCUGAUGUGGUUCUUCCUACACCAGAAAGUCCCUGCUGUAUGUGUAAUUGUAAGGGCACUUUGCAGGCAAUUUUGCAAGAACUGCGCGUUAUGAGAAAGCUAAUGCAGACUCAAAAAGCGUCUUUGGAAAGGCAUGACCAGGCAGUAUCACCAUGCCAACCUCGCCUUGGUCCUGGACCUGCCCCUUGUCGUAGGCCUCGCAAGAGGAGGCCAUUAUAUAAAGUGACUCCGCUGACUGUGCCUAGUAGUAGAAGAGCUGCUGUGUCUCCUCAUGAAGCAUCAUCACUUACAGCUGCACAUGCAGAAUUGGAGAAGGUUCAGGAAUGUGAGAAAAAACAAGACUCUUCUACAUCCAACAGUCAUUCCACCUCCUCUGAAGUUUCUGUGAUGCCUCAGAACAAUCCAGAAACACUCAACAAUGGACAGAAUUCUCUCCUGAACCAACUGCGGAAACCUCAGGCCUCAGAGUCUGAGGUCCGACUUGCAGAGGAUUAUGAUAUAUUUAUCUCAAAGGCUCAGCUAGACUCCAUUCUGAUCAACUAUACUCGCUCCGGCAGCCUGCUAUUCCGGAAGCUGGUGUGUGCCUUCUUUGACGAUGCUACCCUGGCUAAUUCCUUGCCAAAUGGUAAAAGGAAGAGAGGUCUUAAUGAUAACCGAAAAGGCCUGGACCAGAACAUUGUUGGUGCCAUUAAAGUGUUUACAGAGAAAUACUGCACUGAGCACAGAAUAGAGAAGCUGCCUGGUCCACGAGACUGGGUUCAGAUCCUCCAAGACCAGAUCAAACUUGCCAGGAGGAGGCUGAAAAGAGAUGCAGCAGAAGCAGAAGACGUAUUAAAUGGACCCUCCACAAGUUGCAAUUAUAACAAGCCUGAAAGUGUGGAAGGGAUUGUGGUGAAGAUGACUGGUUGAUUCAAGGACUGCCACUGUGGCCUUAGAGUAUAUUUACUGAUUGUCUUAAUUUCUUCUCUUGAUUCAUUCUGCCACUUUAGAUGCCCUUUGCUGAUAAUCAUGCAAUGUUUUGGGUUAUGGAUAUAAAGGGAAAAAUAACCGGACCAAACAGAAAACAUAGGCUGCUUAAUGACAUCAUCUUUGUCUCUCUCUCCUGUACACACAUUCUGUAUUUGUGCCCUUAAUGACUUUUCAGCAAACAUAUGUCAAAUCAAAUGCUUUGAUAACUAAUGUGAAAGGCACAUUUUUAUACACACAAGUGAAUUAGAGUUUACAUGGUAGGCCUAUUGUAGGGAAAAGCUUUAUAAGCAUACUCACCUGUAAUUGUCGCAUCAUUAGAAGGGUCACAUGUCUGAAAUGAGAGGUGAUAAGCACUGUAAUAGUAUCAUAUUUGUACGAUUUGCACAAAAUACUCUUACUGUAAAAGAAAUUUUCCAUUGUGGAUUGUGCCUUUUUUAUUAACUAGUACUCCUGGGUGUAAUGUUCAGUGCUGCAUCCACCUUAACUCAACAAUACAUCCAAAACGUAAAUAUUUGCUAUAUUUUUUGGUUAAAUCAAUUGGUUUAUGGGCAACAUCAUCUGGCUG